AUGGGAGGAUACAUCUCGAAGUUUAGCGCUCUCAUUUGGUCGAAGAAAGAGAUCAGGAUAUUGAUUCUGGGGCUGGACAAUGCAGGAAAGACAACGUUGCUGUACAGAUUAAAGAUCGGAGAGGUUGUCACUACAAUACCUACCAUAGGCUUUAAUGUCGAGUCGGUCACAUACAAGAAUCUCAACUUCAAUGUUUGGGAUCUCGGAGGCCAAACCUCAAUUCGACCGUACUGGAGGUGCUACUAUGCCAACACCGCCGCCGUCAUCUUCGUUAUAGACUCGACCGAUAUCGACCGUCUCACGACCGCUUCCGAAGAAUUAUCUGCGAUGCUAAACGAGGAAGAGCUGCGGGACGCGGCGCUAUUGGUAUUUGCGAACAAGCAGGAUCAGCCAGGGGCAAAGGGCGCAGGCGAGAUUAGCGAGGCGCUGCGGUUAGGAGAGCUGAAAGAUCGGAACUGGAGUAUAGUCGCAUGCUCCGCUGUGGAUGGCCGAGGUGUCGAUGAGGGCAUGGAUUGGCUUGUGCAAACGGUCAACUCAGACCAGUAG